AAAGUAACGAAUAACUUGAGGUAACUGAGUUACUUUUGAUAGAAGUAACUAGUAAUGUAACUAAGUUACUAAUUUAAAGUAACUUACCCAACACUGCUCAUUAACUUCAUAAAGUCUGUUGUAGACUACUGUAGCUCCAUGAACACACUGUGACAGCUAAAGAAAAAGGCAAAGCCUGACUCUGAAAGAGUCUAAACACACUAUUACUCUUUGAGGCCAUAAUUAGCCCCAAAGUUGCUUUGAGGUAAGCUACCAGAAGCAUGGUAGCAUAUCAAUAGCUAGAGUAACAGCAUGCUCUUUGUGAUUUUUAAAAGAGGUAACACAUGCUAACCUUCCAGAUUUAGCAUCUUAACAUGUUUACAUUUGCUAACAAAUUUAAAUUUGGUGCUCAAUGAAAAUCACAUUUAGUACAGGUUAUGCUCAUGAAAGUAUUAUCUCAAUAAAUACUCGAACGUCAAUAAAAGUUAAUGGAAAGUCAUUGUGUAGAGUUUAUCUUGGAACACAAACGUUAGCCAAAAAAGGUAUUUCUACAAACUAGAGAUGUCAAGCUAACUUAAUGAUGGAACUGUGUGUGAUUGUACAGAGCAAAAGUUAUGUGGGCAAGUAGGCUACUCUUUAUAGUUGUUAUAUACCUUUGUUGCCAUCGUGUUUCAAUCUGAAUCAAAGUACUAUGAUAAACCAUGUUUAUCAUCAGUCAGUGAGGUGCAAAAUAUAUAAAAUUCAGCUGUUUUAAUCAUAUAGCGCUGAUGCCCAGCAGCUAUCACCUCAAGGAAUUUAAUAUUGUAUACUACAGACCUUACAAAUUAAAAGUACCACUGAAUGAUUUUUCUACUGAAAGCUUCAGUUUUUAUUUAGCAAUAAUAAAUAACAGGAAAAUAUAAGAACUACAAAAAUUAUUUCAUUACUAAAACUGUUGUUCAAAAAGUCUGAAAACCUAGUGUUUCAGAAGUAUUAGAGAAUUUGUUAUAGUUUCACAAACUCAUACACUGCAUGUACAAGAUACUUGAAUACAGCAAUUUGUUAUCAUUAACUUAUUUGUUAUCACAUAACCUAUUACUAGACAGGGUGGCAGCCUGACGUUCAUGCCAGUAUACGUUCUGCUUGCUUCUACAUGUCAAUAUGGUAAACCCACUACUAUGUAAACAGUGCAACUGGUGCAGAUCAGGUUGUGGCAUGGAGUUUUAUUGCAAACAGGCAGCUUGCAUAAUUCUGCUUGUUUGCCAGUAGAAUAAAGUGAUCUGGUUUUCUUAGGCCCACCUGCAUCUGGAGGGAAAAUAAACUGACAUUGUGGGCUGAUUUAGAUGCAUAUGGAGUGUUUUCCUCCCUGUUUUGUCAUAUGUAUAUUCAUCUGUUAGAAACACUUGAAGUGUCUUGGAUGUAAUUUACUUAGUCAUUCACAGGUUUUUCAUGUUUUGGAGUUUUUGUGUGUCACCUACGCAGGUGUUGUUCAUCUUCCUUUUUUUUGUCAUGUUUUGCAAGAAAACUUGUCAAAUGUGACUUUUGGCUGCUGCUUCUUUGAAACAAGCUUGUUCAGUUAAACCUCUGAAGACAGAUGUUCCAUCAGUAUAUAUAGUAGCAGAUUUAGAUCUCUUUUUUUCACUGUUAUGUACAAACAUUAGAAAUCUGUAGUGGGAGAUUUGUUGUUGUUGCCUGUUUGAUUUAAUAUUUUUCAAGUAAAAUAUAUCAAAACAAAGUAAGAAAAUUUCCUGUGUUUAAGAGCUCAUGCAGGUAUAUGAAACGUGACAAACAGACAUGCAUGUUCACACGCACACAUCCACAUUUGAGCUGCACAGCUUGGUUGGAGGAAGAGGGGAGGGGGUUGUUACAGUGUAACUAUACUAGCAGAUUGUCUCUGUAGGACUGUUGGAUGAAUGUUAAGAGACAGUGCAUUCUAGCCAAUUUCCUGUGCUGUGGUUACUCUGCAAAUAAUCGCUGUGAUGUCUGGUAUUGGUGUUUGGACUCUGCUCUCCUGAAGAAUUUGAUUACAAGCAAAAAAAAAGGGAGAAAAUGCAGUACUAAUGAGCUAAAAGUUUUUUUUUUCUCUUACCAAUCUUCUCAACAGACAGUGGUGAUUUGCAGUCCAAAUUCCUAAAAAUAUUGCAUACGCCUGUAAAAUGGACAUCUGCAGUGUGCAGCUCCAAUGCUGCAGCUCUCACACUCUCUCUUUCUACCUCGAUCUCCCACAUCUUCCCUUCUCGCUCCUCUCAGUCAGCUCUUAUUAUCCUAAUCCAUCUCCUGCCAUGACUUUACAUCACUAUUUACCACUUAUCUUCCCUCUGCUGCCCUCCUUCUCAUUAUUUGCUCAGCCUUUUCUACUCUCCCUGACAUGCAUCUAUCUCCCUCUCUUGUUUCUGAUGCUGCCUUGUUUUCCUCUGUAUUGGUUUAGGGUUUUUCCACUGGGCGGGUUAACAAGCCAGCAUGAUUUCAUCAAUGUGAAUCAGUCAGCCUGAUAAGACGUGACCCAGAUGGGAUCUCCAGUUCUUUUUAUACAGCCAUCAAUCACAACUACCUAGCCACAUAAGCUCACACUAACAGUAAUGCCUGUCAGCCUGUGCACAGCCUGAAAUAUGGCAUGUAGCUUUAGUGCGCUCUUUAGAAAAACUCUGUCCCACAUGAAAGACUAACAAUGUUUGUUAUUCUCAUCUUGCAUCCCCAGUUCCUGCUUGUUGCUUCUUUUUUUAAAUUAUUUUUGGCUAUGAAAUCCUGGGCAGAUGUUACAGUCAGUGUACACACACACGUACACACACGUGCACACACACGGACACAUAAACAACUCCCGGAAUAUUCCUCAUAAUGGUCAAUAAUAAGUUUACAGUAACCUCAGUGAACUUUGUGGAAUCUUAUAUUUGCGGUGGUGUCACUUUCAUAUUCCCACUGUAAUAAUCCCCCAAGGCCCACUAUGUUUCUAGGUCAGUGAUUUUAUAGACAUUUGCUUUGUAUGCUAAAAAAGUGUUAGCUUAGGAAAGAAAUAGAAAAGUAUACUGAUACACCUCUCUUGUCUGUGCAGUAAAUGUUAAUCUAACACCAGCAAAUUAGCUUAGCUUCCAAACUAAGCAAAUUUGCUUAGCUUAGCUUCCUAGCUAAUGUUGCUACAUCGCUGCAAAUUGUCUCUUUGUUCUUUUAAACGCACUCUUACAGCAUAGAAGCAAAAAAACAAACAAACCAGUCCUAAAUUUAAACUUGUUAUGUUUUCUCAAAUUUCAACUUUUACAGGUUAACAAACAAAAAAACAAAUCUUGUUUUCAGUUAUUUACUGCAAAUUUUCAUUUUGAAGAUGGCAAACCAUGUCUGUUCUUUAAAUUAUUGUGGUUUACUAACAAUACAAGUAGCACAGUCUGUGUAAAAGAUGACUGUAACUGCUGUGACAUUACCUAUUUGUUUUUGAAGUGCCCUUUUAACACCCCCGACCGUUUCCAUUGUUGUCAUCCUGAGAGCCAAAUUACCCCCCAGAUGUGAUGAGGAGGGGCGGGUCUGACUCUAAACCUACUUGGUUAAAGACCUCUGACCAGUUGUUAGCCAGUGAGUUUCAGUGUGGUUUCAUACCACAGAUAAUCCUCUAUUUUGAAAAAUAGAUUACAAAAUAGACUCUAUUGUUUAUCCAAUACGACCCAAAAUGAGUAACUGAGCCCACAAAUUAAACAGUAAAAUGUUUACGAGGGCUAAGUCAGAAAUCUGUUUCCCCAUAGACUUUUAUAGAGCUGAAGUCUUUUUGCAAUCACAACUAUCACCAUCUGGUGGCCUUCAGAUGUAAUGCAGGUUAAAGGUACUUCUGUGUGAGCUACAUCAUUACUCAGUGAGCAAAUGGGUGACUGGCCAAGUUGUAGCUCUACAUUUGUAUGGCUGUCCUAAGUAGUGGUUUCCCCCUCAUCUGAGAGGUUUGCGAGGAUAAGUACCUCUAGAAAAAUAGUGCAUCAGAAACUACUCAGUAAGCUCUAGUUUUCUCUAAUAAUUUGGACAGGUAUUUACACAGAGAUAAAUUAAGUUAAACACUGCAAAUGUGGGCAUCAUUACCUGACCUUUGUCUUUGUCUGGCUUUUUUCUUUUUUGUGUGCUAUAUUAGAAAUCUUCAUUAUAGAAAGUAAUGCUUAUGAACUUGUUUUCUUCACGGUGUCUUUGAAUAUUUAGUCCUCGUGGGUUUAUAAAGGGGAAGUGCCACUUACCUACUAGGCCAAAAACAAUCAGAAGUUCAAGGUAUCGGCUGAAAGAAGGAGCGCUAAUUAAGCUAAUGAUCUGCUGGCAGUGACUUCAUAUCUGUGGAACAGGUUAAGUGUUUCAAAAGAAUGUGAAACUUGUGUGGGCUUGGGUUAGGUUAUUAAUGUAGCUUAGCUUUAACUUAGCAGUACACACAACAAAGUGUUUUCAUGCACAUUUGACUACUCAGUUAUUUAAAUGUAUUAGCUAUAUAUUUACCUAUAUAUUAUUAUUGUUUGACAGCUUUACAUUUACUUUUAAGUUUAAGCAGCUGACGCACACACACACAGAUGGAUAGAAAUGCUACGCCAGUGUGCUCUGCUAUGUUUGCCUACCACCUAACAUUCAAAGCUGUAUAACUGAACUGACCAAAAAUAAGUGAAGUUCCUGUGUGAAAUGUGCGUAGACUGUAGUCUGGUGCAAUUAUUGAGAAUCUUACUUCCACUAUAGUGUAACUCUGACAUUGUUAGAAACAACAGUUAUGCACCAUGUCAGUGGGCAUUAAUUCAGCAAGCUAGCCAUGACUUUAUUAUGCCUGAUAUUUUUGUCAUAUACCAUUAAAACAAGCUAUAUGAUAGCUAUAAUAAUUACCUGCGACUCUCCCAUCCACAAAAGCAAAAAAAGUGAGCAUGGCAUUACUUUUAUUUUACGCUCUUAUUCGCAAAUCCACAUACAACGAUGUCUUUAAACUUUUUUUGUAUUCUAUGUAGCAGUUUUUCCAAGGGAAGUAAUUGAAUUUUGCCCUGAGGUUACUUUGUUUGGAGUUUUGUUAGUUUAGUGUGUGUGUGUGUGUGUGUGUGUGUGUGUGUGUGUGUGUGUGUGCUUGUACUCUAUUUCAGUGUGUGAACACCCCACAACAACAACAACUGGCUGUUUGAGCCCACACACUAUUUCUGUAGUAGAGCCAUCAGGAGAUUUCUGUGGAAACCCUCCCAUCCUGUAUUCCAUACACACACACACACACACACACACACACACACACACACACACACACACACACACACAAGGACUCAAAAACAGAUCCGUUGCCCUGUUUGGUUCUCAUAUGUGCUCUUGACAACUCUUGCAGGAUGUGAUCUUCAGAUUUUGCCCAAAGGUAAAGGUUUGAAAAGAAAAGCACAGCAAGUAACGAAAAAGCAAAUAACCAAGCAAAUCAGCAGCCAAACAAACUGUAUUCAAGCACACACACAAAACCGCCCCACAUAUUCUGAGAGACACCUAAUGCAACACCUCGGCAUGGACACCUUUUACGUUUUCCAGCAGAACAUUGGACGCUAACACAUUUUAAAUACUGUGCUGAGGAGGGUGAUGUUGAAAUUUGAGAUAAUGUUUGUGGAAACUCUCCAGUCUGAAGUAAAAUUUCAGCCUUUCUAAAAAGCUGCAAGGGGAAUCAUGAUAAACACAAGGCUUUUAAUAAAUCGCAUUGCCAUAGCUAGCUGGUAAAAUAAGCAAUAAGUUAGUUAAUUGUGAUUUUUGUGAGUCAAUUACAAAAAGAUCUUCUUGGCUGUUGUCUCAGUGAUGCUCGGUCUUUGUGCUGUUGUUUGGGCGACUUAGCGCAGGCUCAGAGACGCCCAUUAGUAUGCAACAGCUUGAUCAAUACAAAAUUUACUCUAUCCCUCUCCCACGUUGAUUGUGUGCAAGCGACAUCUCCACGUGUUUGCACCUGUGCGCAAACUCGCUAACCGCCUGACUAUCUCGCCUCAGCAAGCCACAAAAUAAAAGGGUUACAUCAGAAAGUGUGACAGGGUGGAAGACUGGUGGCCAACUUUGAGGUCGCUGGUCUAAUUACACUUCAGAGAGAUUGCAGAGGUCGCGCGGGGCUGCGGGCGAGACUGAGGAGAGUGCAGAGGAAGAGGAUGAAGAAGGCAGGGAGAGUGGACAGUAGGGAGUGGGGUUAAAAGAGAUGGAGAAGUUUCAAUUUAACUCUACUGCACGAGUGGCUAUAGUGCCUUCGCCACUGUGCUUCUUCUUCAUCUUUCUCCCAACCCUAAUGCCUUCAGUUUUACCCUGAGACAAAGCAUAUAAACGAGUUGCAUUUGCGGCCUUUCACACAGAUCCGAGCAGUAAAGAAUGAAACGUCUUAUCUUUGAUCAAACACUGCUGCGACUCUCUAAAUGACUUGUUUGUUUUUGUGUGCAGAACGGUUCUGCUUGAGUGGCCCUAAAUGUCUUUCCAUGUAAGGGAAAAUCAAAAAAGAUCCCCUUAUAUAAGGACAUUCUGAUCAUCCUUACAUCCACUCCAGUGCUUUAGGAUUAAGACUUGGAUUUAGGGGUUGUGGUUAGAUUAAUGUUGGGCUCGGGGUUAAAGUUAGGUUUAGUGGCUUAGGAACCAACGAUUAAAAAACGCAGUCUUGCACAAGAAGUCUUGUCUUUCGCAAGAAACGUGUCUGCUCGUUUUUGAACUUGGAGGUAAUUUACGCGAGGGUUAUGAUGGUUUAGUCUGCGCUGCAUGGUGACAGUAGAUCCUAGUUUGUGUAUGUGUGUGAGGAAUGCUGCUGUGGUUUAGGAGAGGGCUAGAGACGGUGUGUGUGUGUGUGUUGAGGGGGGCACUGUGGGCAGGAGCACCCAGGGGUUAACGAGCGGUGUGAGAAAAACAGGCAGAGUUUGAGAAGGAGGGGGAGGGAAAUAUGCACACACUUAUACACACACACGCUCACACUCACACACACACACACACGCGCACACACACACACACGCUCACACAGUGUGUCUCAGAGGAAGCCGAAGAUGGUUGGGUCCAUAAGAGCAGGCAGCGCUUGUUGGCUUUAUACUUGUGGGAGCAGGUAUCAAACAAUGGAAAAUGUAGUGUUCUCACAAUUCUUGGCAGGGGGGACAAAAGUACUGGCCUUUAUCCAUUUUCAUGUGAUACACGAGAAGCCCCAAAAUAUUAAUAAUAAAUAAAUAAAUAAAAAAAACAGGUGUCUCUUUUGAUUGCAGUUGCAGCCACAGUGAAUCGUACUGAAAGACAAAAGCCUCCAUUGCAGUGUGUUUGGUUAGUGUGUGGGCCUGAGAACUGCACUCUUCUUUUUCCUGACCCGUCCAGUAAUCCCACAAGCAUGGGUGGGUCACUAAAAUGUAACAUGACAGUAUUAUUUAUUGACCCAAACACCUGCCACUUCCUACACACACACACACACACACACACACACACACACACACACACACACACACACACACAAAAGCGCACAUACAUAAACAGAGACCCAGUGGGAUCUUUCUGUCCAAAAGGCCCUUCUCACGCAAAUAGAGUAGGCAGGCAGGAUCCCUUCUCAGUCUAUUUAUCAGAGAAGGGGGGUGGCGGUUUGAGGAGAGACAGACAGCAUGGACCCCCUCUAUUGUUCUGGCUGGGUUUAAGGGAUGGGUGGGGGGCGUAGGGAUGGGACCAGGGAUAGGAUGGGAAUUGGAGACCCCAACAAUGCCACAAAACCCCCCACUGCUCUUCCUGCUUAUGAGAAUGACCUGCUCUGACAAGAGAAGGAAGAGAGGGAAAACUAUAAUAUCACUCAGCCCACACCGGACCCUGAUUGGUCAGAGAUCUGGUUAUAGAUUAGCCCUAAGUGGGAUUCAGUUUGGAGUCACAAAAUCUGCCAGACCUCGUUCAGAGAACACCAAAUUCUUUAGGGGUGGGGUGCAGGAUGGCAAAAUGGAGGAGGUCAGAGCUUGUCAUUAGACUAUGUUUAAUUUGUUAAAUACACAAUCAGAAGAAUCAGGCAUGAGUGGGUACAGACAGUCUGAGCCAGAAUCAAAACAAGUCAUUUAAAACUAGUCACUUGUGGGCAUCGCAGCUAGCAUUACCAGGAAGAAUCCAGCACAAAAUGGGACUAAAAGUCUUGAACCCACAUCUGGACCACAUCCAUCUGCAGUUCAUCUCUAAAGGAAGUCCAUCUCCUGUCUAGCUUUCUCACACACACACACACACACACACACACACACACACACACACACACACACACACACACACAAGCAUAUUUUUGGUUUAUGGUGGAGAUAUGUGAAAAAUGUUGCAGGGAUGAUGACAUACAUUUCUUAGCAGUGCAGGAAUAAUGUACACAAUUCUGAACAUAUUUUACUGACACAACAUGUUUUUUUUUUUUCUAGAGUGAAGAAAGAAAGUUUUAUGUGUGUUUUCUUCUCACAGCUGCUGACAGGAUUUUUGGUAUAUGGCAUGUGGAUAGUAUACGGGUGGGUCCCCGCUUAAAGAACGCUCGCCGUUUGGCAGUACAAUGAAGACCAGAAGAGUAGCGAAUGACCACCUCUGAGGCAGAGACCUUCAGACAUGCCACUCCACCGACACAAUGACAUGAAACUGCGUGAAACUUUCACAUUAUUUUGACAAAGAGAUUGUUUAAAUCUCAGUUAUUAUAUGCCGACCUUUUCGACCCUGAGAGAGCAAAUGACAAGUAGCUGUUUGUGAUUUGAGUCACCGAGGAUGACUAUAUUGCGUGGCAUCCAGUGACUAGACUUCAGCUGCUAUAUUAGUAGCCUGAUCGAAUGAUUGAAGGCAGAUAGUGUUUUCAACGUGGCAACAAGGACGCAUCAGACAUCUCUAGAUGUACAGCUGCAGAUAGCAGUAGUUAUAAAUACUUUUUGAGCUUAUGAAAGGCCACCUAGACAGGGUAGUUUAAUUCAUACCAUGAAUCCCAGAGACAGUGUGGACGUAAUGGAGACUCAGUCAGGAGGUCAGAAGGAGAAGUUGAGCGUAGACAAAGCCAACCCUAAAAAUGAGAUGGAGGCCGAGGACGACAAAACUCCUGGGAGUUACGACUGCAACAUCUGUGGACGCAGCUUUCCUUUCCUUAGCUCUUUGUCGCAGCAUAUGAGACGCCACACGGGUGCGCGCCCUUACAAAUGCCCCUACUGUGACCACAGAGCCUCGCAGAAGGGCAACCUCAAAGUCCACAUUCGCAGUCACAAGCUGGGCACGCUGUCUAGCCACCACUCCAAUGAGGAUGAAGAUGGUGCUGCUGAGGAGGAGGAGAUGAGGGUUUCAGAGGGUCUCGAUGGAGGCACCAGCCCAACCAAGAGCAGCUCUGCCUGUAACCGGAUGAUAAAUGGGGAUGGCGGUGAGGAAACCCGUAGGAAAGUCCCUGUGAGGAGCAUGAAAAGGGAAAAGUCCAUCACUGAGCAGCGGCCUUACUGUUGCCGUUUGUGCGGCUACGAGGCCCAGCGGGAAGACCAGCUCCUCAGCCACAUUGAGAAGGUCCACAUAACAGCAGACACAGAAGAGGAGACCGCUGUCAAGGAGGAGGCUGCGACCGAAGCUGACGUCAUCCAGCCCCAGAGUGACGGGACCUUCCCUUGUGAGACUUGUGGUCAGGUCUUCUCCCAAUCCUGGUUCUUGAAGUCACAUAUGAAGAAACACGCGGGGAUCCUGGAUCACUGCUGUCGCAUCUGUGGGAGACGUUUCCGCGAAGCGUGGUUUCUCAAAUCUCACAUGAAAACACACAACACCAAAUCUAGGUCACGGUCAAAAGCAGAGUCAACUGAGCAUCCAGCCACCAUCAAUGAUGUAGCCCAGGAUCCUGAUAUUGUUACCGGCUCCGUUACUUCUGUCUACCAAAUGUGCUCCAAAUGUGGAAACCUGUUUCACAACAGAGAGAGCCUAAGAGCCCACGAUAAAGUUCACAGUCUCGGCUAUAGCAGGAAGUCCCCGAGCCAAGGGAGGCCCGAUGAUGAUGAGGACUCCCCAGCUGCUAAGAAACGUUUCCUUGACUACUUAAACCUCCAGCCUUUUGAGGGAAAGAACCAGGAUGAAGAGGAGGAAAGUGAGGAAAAGAUAAUAGGUCAAAGAAUCCCAGAGCUAGAUCCAGUUUGCAGUUACCAGGCCUGGCAGUUAGCCACUAAAGGAAGGGUUGUGGAGCCGGUAGAGUCUAGUUACAAGGCCUCUUGCGGGGCAGGAAGUAUCGGAGAGGAAGCCCUAGCCGGUGCUGCUGUGGUUUUUGAAAAGGAGAGCAGCCGUUAUGUCCUGCAAGGUCAAGAGAAACGCAGUUCGGGUAGACGCAGCAGCUCCGGUUUGGGAAGCCACGCCUCAUCAGGGGACCGGACACCAGACAGCCUCAGUGAUUCCGAGUACCGGCCUUCGUCUCGUCAGGACAGAAGGCGCCCAUCCCAGUCGCAAGCUUCUUCCUGCAAGUCCAACGAGUGCUUUGAGUGUGGCAAGGUGUUCCGCAGCCGUCACCAGAUGAUCGUCCACCAGCGGGUUCACAGGAAGGAUGGAGGCAGGGCCUCUGUUGGAGACAAGGAAAGAAGCGCAAGAGAUGAGCGAUGGGGCUCCACCAGUGACCCAGAGUCAGGUUCUCCCAGCUGGCCCAGCACCCCGGGAUAUGGAGAUUCUCCACCAGCUUCCACCCUUGGAGACCAGGCCUCAGAGAUGGGUACUGCAAACUCUGGAGAGCUUUCGGAUGAGAAGCCUUACAUCUGCAGCAUGUGUGACUUUGUCGCCACAGAUUCACAGGCCUAUUUAACUCAUGUCCGUGUCCAACAUCCACCUGCCUCUAAAGAUAGAUCCAGCACCAUUCCCAGUCCCAGCUCGGACAGAGGAACUCCCAGCAGUAAUAUCAAACUUAAGAAAGCGCUUCUUCAUGGAGUAAACAACUCUACAUCCCCUCCUGGCUACCGUUCAGCUCAGUCCACUGCACUCGAUCCCAGCGUAGCACCUUUGGAUCUAUGUGUCAGGGCUGAGGGCAUCAGGGGUAUAGCCUCUUUAGCCUUGGACAAGAAAAGCCUCCCUAGCCACAAGUGCUCCUUCUGCUCUCACUCCACCCGCUACCCCGAGGUGCUCUGGAUGCACCAGACUGUGGCUCACCGCAUUAAUGGCAAUAGUUCCAAUCUGGCUCCUAAAUGGGCUCUUAAAACCAACUCAAAAGGCUCCAAGGACAGCUCGUUAUCCUCUAGGAGACGCACAGGACCUCCACCUUUCCUGGAAGGGAAGGAGUGUCAGCCUCUCCCUUCGCUGAUGCGCACCCAGCGCACACGGCCUCCAGCGUGCUCUAGCGAGGCUCUAAAAAAGAGCAAGCCAGCCAGUUAUUCAGCCACACCAUCAUCAUCUUUUGCUCCCUGUGCCUCUUCCUCAAGGGGCCCCUCUUCUAGCUUGGGCACCCAAGCUGGGAGAGUCCCAGCACGGCCAGGCAGCAGUAACAUCAGACCCACGGAGGACCACACUCAUCAGUCACGCUUCAGACCCAAAGUGGAAGUGUACCCGCGGGGAAGCUCGCUGUCAUCCUCCAGCUCCUUGGAGAAGAACACUGGCACCCCUUCACGCCCCUCAGCCCCAGCUGCCGGCUCCACUACAUCUUCCAGAGCUGACCGCUACUUGUUGCCCCAAGAGGGACUGGGUUUCAUGCUGUCUAGCAAACACGGCCUAGCAGAGUACAGUCGAGCUAGGGGCACCCCUCAUCAGCAGCUUCCUAAUCCUCACAGCCAGGUUCGGGCUAACACUACGAGGCCCAGCACCAUUACCCAUAGUUCAACUGCAGGACCCAACUUUGGUGCCUCGCAGGCGCAGGGUGGCGCUUUUCAGAAUUCCUCCUGUCCCUCCUCAUCCUCUUCUUCAUUACCUUCAGAGGCUCGCAGGGAGGUAAAGCAGGAGCCAAUUACCGAGACACCAGAGACGCCAAGUGACGUCCUCGGCUUCCUCAAAAACUACAGCCCUCAUGAAUUUGCUACCAUGUACCACCGCUGGGGUGCAGCCAAUGCCCUCAUGGAUCCUACUGGGAUGCUGAGGUCUCUCAUGCGGCAGGGACAGUAUUUCUGCAAUGAGUGUGGGAAGAGUUUCAGCCAACCCAGCCACCUGCGAACUCAUAUGAGAUCCCAUACAGGGGAAAGGCCAUUCUGUUGCCAACUCUGCCCAUACCGAGCCUCUCAGAAAGGGAACUUAAAGACACAUGUCCAGAGUGUCCACCAUAUGCCUUUUGACAACAGCCAGUACCAAGACAGGAGGAGCUUGUUACUGAGCCAGGGGGAGCGAGGAGGACCGGCUGCCAAACACCCACCAAACCCACAACAGCAACAGUAAACACCUUCAGCUGAUCUGAUCACAACCUGGACCAGCUUCUUACACAAUCCCAAAGCCCUGUCACCGUUCCUGAAAUUCACAGAUCUAGACACAAGAACCUACGACUAACAGUUCACUUUUUGAGCCUUUCCUCUUCACCGUCACCCUUUAAUGAUGUAGAAUUUUCUACAUUGAAGGUUAUUGUAGUUUUUUUGUUGUUGUUUUUUUUACUGUAAAAAAGCGUGUUCAAGUUGUGCUAGAAAAUUUCAAAAUCACAAAGACGGCCCGGAGCAGAAAAAGUCUUUUUAAUAGAAAUGACACCUGAUGGAAAUCUCCUUUAAGAAGCUGCGUGGGUCAGGUGUGCACACCUCUCACCAUAGAAGAAGUGAAGAGUGAAAUGCAAAGUUUCUCUUUGGCAGGGAGGCUGGACUCACCAACAUUCAGUCUUUUGCUUCAUUGGGUCUUCUUUAUCACAAAGGUUGGCUUGUGACCUUUAAAUGAUUUCUGAUCAUGGGAGCCCUGAAAAUUCGAUGAGUUGCCUCUUGCUGCCAUUUUUGGAGGUACCAACAAGUAAAGUUGCUGCCAGCUGCUUUACAGGAGAAGGAAAGUAAAUGAGGAGAGAAACUGAACUCAGAUGCAACUGCUGGCAUUGUGAUCGAGGACUGUGGCAUUGCAUGGCUGCUGUAGAUGCCCCCACAAACCUUUUUUUUUUAAAUUGUUUAUUUUUUUUGUUCUUUUAAGCUUUAUUGUACGUGAGAUUUUGUGCAUUUCUCAGGACACUGACCAUCAACACACAGCAAGAGAAGAAAGAAGCUCUACGGUUCAUCGACAACCAGCUGGCACAUAGCAAGUUUGUCUCCUGUGGGCUCUGACUCAGAAGACUUGCCUCUUUCUGUCAGCGUGUGUGUGUGCGUGUGCGCGUGUGUGUGUGUGUGUGUUUAGGUGUGCUAAACUCACUCCCCUUCAGUCGACAGUGUAAUGGUGCGAGUGCGGUGACCAUUCUAGAGCUUGUGAUUAGAAAGAGAGGGAAAGAUGGAGAGAGGUAGGAUAAGAAAGGGACAAAAAAGAGAGGGAACAGUAAUGGAGAUGUAUGCUCAUAAAAAAGGCAAUAUAAAUGAGCAUACCAUUUUUUAUGGCCCUUCAAUUAUUGUCCAUUUAAAAGGAAGGGACUGAGUGGAGUUUUCCUCAGUAACUCGUUCAUAUUAGAGUGUCACCAUCUCAGACUAUGUGGGCUUUAAAUGAGGCGGACUCCACUAAAGCAGGAAGAAAGUGGCAGGAAGAAGUCGGCUCCAGAUUGCAAAGAAAAAUACGGUGCUGAUCAUGUUAGGGGGAAGAGAUGCGUCCUAAGAUUUUCCAUUGCUAAAGAGCAGUUCUGAACUUUUGACCGCGCUGUCUCUUAAAAAUUUCAUGAUGUCAUCUUAUGCUGGAUUUAGAAAGCAUAAAUCUUUUGCCUUACAUAAACGGUAAUGGCUGAACAUUUAUGCUGUCUGUUUUCUAUCUGGAAUCCACCAUGAUGCUUUGAUUUUUAAAAAAUAAAUGCAUCUUGUGCCCAACAACUCGGCAUGAGCACGUCACCGGCAACAAACAGUCAUACAGAAAAAUGACACAAAAUUACCGGCCGCCUGUCGAUUGAACGUUUUCGAUUGAAUGAUAGUCCUUUGCUUAAUGAGUCAACUUCAGUUUUUUGAAUAUAUUUUUUGAGAGGAAAUGGUUUGAGUUGCAAGACUGAUAAAGGAUGUUAUGGAAGUAACAUGGGUAACGAUGGGCUACAUUACACAAAAAUGCAAAACUGUGAUAAGGAGCCUUGUAAAUAGCUCAUGCACUAAGCAUGUUGGUAUUAACACUGCAGCCAGGAAGUAGGAGAAUAUUUGGCCCCUAAUUCCACCUUUUACCCUCUUGUUGAUUCAGAACCCAUAGGCAGGCUGAAUACCAUCUAAGGGCCCCAUUAUACCCGUCAAGCGGCACCUGACGAACGCAGAGUUGACGCCAAAUUGACAUCGCAUCCACUGUAGCAAGCCUUCGUUCCUGCCCGUAUGCGCCUCCAAGUUUCUGAAACCUGGAAUGUUGUGCAGCUGCCGCCGCACUUGGAUUGGAGACAGCAUCCUGUUGGAUUUUACCGCUGUUUUAACGAUAUGUCGGCACGGAAGAUCAGAGAUUAUACAGACAGAUUUUGCAAAUGUCUGAAAGGAUAAGACUUAAAAAUAAACAAAACAAAAACAGCUAUUUCUUUGCAUCUGAUUUUGACAUCACCUCCUAUUUGUGCUGUAGUUGAACUACUGGCUGACACCUAUUAUUCAGCGGGUACAUGCACUGUAACAGCAAGCGACCUACUCGACGUCUAUGAUGGGGCCUUAACAACCGAAGAAAGCAGCAGUGCAAGUGCAUUCUUUUUUCUUUUUUUUUUUCCCUUUGCAAAGUAGUGUGACCGUUUUUAAACUUGUUCAAAAUCACGACUGGGCCUGCCGUUCCUUCCUGUCCCCAGUCUUCGUACUAAGUCCCCGGCCAUUCUUAGUGGACAGACGUGACCGUGAUGUUAAUCUUCUCGUGUUAGGAUUUAAAGCUGUGCCUUUAAUGGUUUUAUUUUAAAGAUAAAGUGGGCACAUAAUGAAACGUAUCCACCAUCCUGUGUAACAGUGUGUUUAUUGGACCGACAAUGCAGAGCUGAUUAGGUUACCAGAACAUUUAAGCAGACUAAUGAGCCUAUCCCCUGGGCUGUCAGUCUGAUUCUUUGAAUGGUGAUAUGACGCUUUGCAUUCGAGGGGGUCAGAGAAAGAGUAGGCAGAGGUGAGGAGGUCAGCCUAUCAGAGAGUUCAUGAGUAAAUACACAAGGUGGAGACACUGAAUUGUAGAGCUGUCACAGCCUUAACACAGGUGUGUGUGUGUGUGUGUGUGUGUGUGAGUGUGUGCGCGUGCAUUUCAAACCUCUUUCUACUGUAUUAGAGGUUGACUAAACUUCCCGUGUACUACAGCCUCCGUCUUGAUGCUUUCUAUAUUAUCCUACCUCCUGUAAUGAAAGCAUGCUAACAAUUAUUGGCUGAUGUCAAGCAGGGCUGUUUGUUUUACUUGUCCUUCACCCUUAAAAUAGCCCCCAGGAUUGAAUACGCCAUGCCCAGCAUGUAGGGGAAGAGGAGGAGUAAAGCGAAGCAGCUCAAGACUCUGAAGAAGAGUAAAGCAGUCGGUUUCUCUGAUUCAAAAUUCACACCAGUUGUAGAUGACGGAGCUUACAGAGUACUGUAUUUUCCAUCUAUUUUGAGACCUCAGUAGUUUUUACGCAAAUGUGUGAUGAAACAGUUGUUAUGCCAUUGGGUUGUUUAGUUAUGCAUACAAUAUCGUGUGCUUGAAUCGGACUAAUAAUGCACAAACGUGUAUGUUGAAGGUGUGGUUAGUGAAAAUACUUGAAAUGGAUUCUCUAGCCUUUGAGGUAGGGUAGUACUAAUACCAAUGUUGUACAGAAGUCCCUUUAAGAUAAAUUCCUCAGCUAUGAAUUUGUACUCCGAAGUGUGACUUAGAAAAACUAUGAAGCAGGAGUAAGUGUAAUAUAAAGUGUAUAUCUCUAAUCUCUUAAACUCUUACCAAACCCUUUAUAUACAGCGGUAGAAACCAAAUGGCAUUACUAGUGCACUUAGACUAGGUUAGUGCUUUAACCAUUCUUAUUUUGUCCAGUUCUAGCUAAGGUUUCUUUGAGAAUGUCUUUUUAACGGUGCCGGCUAACACUUUUCGUUUCUUUUCUUUUUUGGGGCUUUUAUUUUGUUAGAAUGAUUCUAUAGAUAUGAAUGCAAAAUGAUUUGUUCUGUGACUGCUGUGUGGUACAGCUUUUUAGCUACGUUUCCUCAAGGGAGGUUUGAUAAUGCUAGGCGCAGCAGUGCUUAUUUUUUCAUAAAGAUGUAAAAGUGUGUUUUUAGUCUAUUUGCUAAACUGUAGGAUUUGUUGAGUAGCUAGUCAUGGUUUGCCCUCCCAGAGGGGCUGGCAGGUGUUUCUUUUUUCUCUUUGGUUGGGUUUGUUUUACAUGCCUCUUAAGUUGUAUUAUUUGUGUCCGUAUUCAUUUUUUUUUUUUUAAUUUGUUAUGAACUCGAUGAUUAAUUUACCUUAGAAGACAUUAUUAUUCCAGAUGUAUUUGGUUGAUAUCUGUAUUUAUUAUCACUUCAAAACAGGAUAAGAGGACAGAAGCAGACAGGAGUGUUUGUUUUAAUUCGAUUUUUCCGGGUUGUUUUUAUACUGUGUAGUUUUCAAGCCAGCAAGCCGAUGUGAAAGCUCUACCUCGUCUGAGCCAUUCUCAGUUCUGUUAUACUUUUGUACAUCAUUUCAAAAAGAUGUAAUGUCAUGUCCACAAUAAAGACACACAAAAUGA